AGAGUGAAAUUCAACAGAGAUAAAUGCAACGUUCUUCAGAACGGGGAUUUCUCAGGAGACACAACUUAUUCGCACGGCCUACUGUGAUAAAAAUGAACUAGCUUCUUCACCAUCUGACGCACGGCGCAGAACCUUUACUUCAAGUCUGCUGAAAAUGGACGUCUUGUAACCUUGCUUCUUCUGCUGCCCCGUUAGCAGCUGUGCUACAUGAUCCCAUGACUCUUGAUAUGGAUGCUGUCCUCUCAGACUUCGUUCAGUCCACGGGGGCAGAGCCUGGUCUAGCCAGAGACUUGUUGGAAGGCAAAAACUGGGAUUUCACUGCUGCUCUGAGUGACUAUGAACAGCUUAGGCAGGUGCAUACAGCGAACCUGCCCCAGGUGUUCAACGAAGGAAGGUAUUCGAAACAGCAGCCACAGCAGCAGCAGGACAAGGAAUCUUCACAACCGAUGAGCAAGAGUGAGCGGCUGUCUCUUCCUAGGCAGGAGGACAUCUCUCAAGAGAAGAGGCUUUCUAGAGGAAUAUCUCAUGCCAGUUCCGCCAUUGUCUCUCUUGCUCGCUCUCAUGUGGCCACUGAAUGCAACAAUGACCAUUUCUCCUUGGAGAUGCCCAUCUACACAUUCCAACUCCCUGACCUCAGCGUUUACAGCGAAGAUUUUAGGAGCUUCAUUGAACGGGACCUGAUUGAGCAGGCAACCAUGAUUGCUUUGGAACAAGCUGGCCGUCUCAACUGGUGGUCCACGAUGUGUACGAGCUGUAAACGCCUUCUUCCGUUGGCGACGACCGGUGAUGGAAACUGCCUCUUGCAUGCUGCUUCUUUGGGAAUGUGGGGGUUUCACGAUCGGGACCUUGUAUUGCGGAAAGCACUUUACACCAUGAUGAGAAGCGGUGCUGAAAGGGAAGCUUUGAAGAGAAGGUGGAGGUGGCAGCAGACACAGCAAAAUAAAGAGUCAGGAUUAGUUUAUACCGAAGAAGAAUGGGAGCGCGAGUGGAAUGAACUGCUAAAGUUGGCAUCCAGUGAGCCCCGCACUCACAUCAGCAAAAACGGAGGCAGCGGCGGUGGAGUGGAAAAUUCUGAAGACCCCGUGUACGAGAGCCUAGAGGAGUUCCACGUUUUUGUGCUAGCCCAUAUAUUAAGGCGGCCGAUUGUCGUUGUGGCAGACACAAUGCUGCGAGAUUCAGGAGGAGAAGCGUUUGCACCCAUCCCCUUUGGUGGAAUUUACCUGCCUUUGGAAGUCAUGCCCAACCGAUGCCAUUGCUCACCUCUCGUCCUCGCCUAUGACCAAGCACAUUUCUCUGCCCUUGUGUCAAUGGAACAGAAAGAUCAGCAGAAGGAACAAGCGGUGAUCCCUCUGACCGAUUCUGAACAUAAGUUACUGCCCUUGCACUUUGCGGUUGAUCCGGGAAAAGACUGGGAAUGGGGGAAGGAUGACAAUGAUAACACCAAAUUGGCCAAUCUGAUUCUGUCUCUGGAGGCAAAGCUUAACCUUCUGCACAGUUACAUGAAUGUAACCUGGAUCCGCAUGCCAUCAGAAACACGGGCCCCUUUGGCUCAACCGGAGUCUCCUACCGCAUCAGCCGGAGAAGAUGUUCAGUCACUGGUGGAUUCCAUGGAUUCAGACAGAGAUUCCAUCUGUAGCAAUUCUAACGGCAAUAAUGGCAAAAACGGGAAGGAGAAGGAGAAGCAAAGGAAGGACAAAGAGAAGAACCGAGGAGAUUCCAUGGCUAAUAAACUUGGAAGCCUCAGUAAGACUCUGGGCAUCAAGCUGAAGAAAAACAUGGGUGGCCUCGGCGGGUUAGUGCAUGGCAAGAUCAACCGAGCCAAUUCAGGGAAUGGAAAAAACGGGGAGAUCACAGAGAAGGCGAAGGAGAAGAAAUCCAAAUCGCGUAAAGGAAGCAAAGAGGAAUCGGGCCACUCAGCCAGCACUUCCCCCUCGGAAAAGACCCCCUCUCCCACGGAGAAGGCAAGCAUCUCCCCUGCUGAAAAAGCAAAUUCUAAAUCUCCAUCAGAGAAGCAGUCGGACCCCUGGAAGUACAGCACCGACGUGAAGCUGAGCCUCAACAUCUUGCGAGCUGCCAUGCAAGGGGAGCGGAAGUUCAUUUUCGCUGGCCUUCUCCUGACCAGCCAUAGACACCAGUUCCACGAGGAGAUGAUUGGCUAUUAUUUGACUAGUGCCCAAGAGCGCUUCAGCGCCGAACAGGAGCAGAAAAGGAAAGAGGCGGAGAAGAAGGCCGCUACUCUCAGUGGCUCAUCGUGUAGAAAACUGGAACAAGAAGGGUUUUCAAAGGAGAAGCUGGAUUCAUCUCCUCAGGGGAGGGCAUCACCAGUGUUGCCUCAAAGCCAUACCACUCAGCUGGUUUUAAAGUUCAAAGACCGUGCUAGUCCCAUACCAGGGUCAUUUUCCUCACCUAGCAAUGGUGCCAAGAAAAGUGGACCCAUUCCAGUAUCUGCCCACUAUAGCCAUACGCCCCCCGUUCAAAGGCAGAGCGUCAUUCACUUGCACGAGUUCAACUCCAAGUCAUCAAGCUUCCAAGAUGAUGCCUACAAACCUGUAGUCGGCACCCUGAAAACAUGUGCCACGUAUCCUCAGCAGAACCGCUCAUUGUCUUCACAGAGUUAUAGUCCAGCUCGGAUAGCAGACAUUCGUACGGUCAACACGGUGGAAUCGUUGGCCUACGCUCUGCCAACGGACUCCAAGUCACAAACAUACACCAAUGGGUUUAAUGGCAGUCACAUCAGAGACGGCUUAGAGUUCGUGGACGAAGAAGCUCCGCAAACGUGGUCGAACAAUGACAAAAACCGCAGCAGGGCCACGGUCUGCCCCACGUAUUCGAUCCAGCAGAGCCGCUGCAAGAGAGAGAAUUGUUCCUUUUACGGCCGCCCCGAAACCAAGAACUUCUGUUCCUGCUGCUACAAGGAGGAACUAAAACGCAGGGAGCGAGAAAGUAAAGGGUCGCGGCAUUGAAGACGGUGGAGCUCUUCCAAUAAAUAUUUAUUUCGUUCAUUUUCUUACUUAGGACGUAUGUGGUAAGGGACUGCGGAGGAAGGAAAAGGGGAAUUCUCUAGCAGGAUCUAAAGAGAGAAGGUUCUAGCUUAUUUUUUUUCAGGGGUGGUGGGGGGAAAAGCGAGGAUUAAUUUAUCAUAAAGAGUUGAUGGCUCUCCACUUUGUUGGCGUCUUUUUUACAUACGCUGGUAAUCCGAGAGGCUAUUUACUUCUUUGUCAGUGCUGUAUCUGUGUGGUCAAAACUUUACUAAUGGUGCCUGAAUUCACACUGACAUCACUCAGGUAGUAGAAAGAUUAGGGGAAAAGUCAUAAUAAUAGAAGAGGCGGUGUGGUCAAUGUCCAGAAGUGUCUGCCUCGUCCCAGGGCAGAUGUCCGUCUCCCCGGAAGACAUCUCAUGUUUCAUCGCGCUUCUUCUCUCUCCGUUCUUUUUUAACAAGGGAGCAAGCCUAGUAAAGGUGUAUUUAGUGCAUACUAACCCGCUAACAUCCUUGCUAUAAACUUUUGUUUGAGUAACCCCGUUUUUCCAUAGAUACACAAAUGAAAGUAUGGAUCCAUGAGUGCAGCUUUUCUCCCCCAACCGAAAUGUGCUUUUUCAUUCAUGGAAGCAAACCGGUUUUGUCAAAGCUGGCGAGAUGAAAAGGUCUAUCCUUAAAUUGCACAACUUGGCCAGUUUUUAUUUAAAAUAAGGCUCUACUCGUGUUAAAAAUAAGCACUUUAUAUUUUAAUGUCAGGGUAGCACAAACCCUGAUGCCAUCAGCUUGCAGUCUUAUGCCCUUCGGCGCAGGCUAUACCAUUUCAUUGAGUUUAGGAAUAUUGUUAGUGCCACGUUAUUUAGUUAUUUUAUUUCCUUGGACCUCUCUGGAUGACGGUAUGCUCCAGACGAUCUGUAGCCCAGGUCCUUCCCUUUCCAGAGAAGAAACAAGUGGUUUGUAUUCAUUUGCACUGAUGUUAAAUUAUGGACACGUAUUUUUGAAAAGCAAGCUAUGGGGUUUUUCUGUGUGUGUUUUUCUACACGUUCUCAAAUGUGGUCCUUUGAAACUCGAAUUCAGAAAAAGGAUGAGCGCCUGAAUUUACUUACGCAAUUAUUUCGAAAACUCAGAUGAAGCUGGGAUUGUUGAUUACUAAACCAGCCAGAUAACUUAGAUACUUUUUUAGAUGUAUCACAUUGUUUUGACACGGAUCUGAUAUUGUAUAAAUGGGACACCCCUGAACUAUUUAUUUUAAAAAAUGGCAAUCUCUGUAGCCAGCAUCCAGCCAGCAUCCAUUAAAUAGUAAAGUCCGUUGAAAAUAUAAAUCAGUGUUAAAAUUAGCCAUAACGAUUAGCAGAGUAGAAUAAAAGGAAAUAAACAGUUGGCAAAAUAAUGGCAUAUUGGGGUUUUUUUGCUGCCAACCAAGGUCUAAAAACGGGAUCUUCUAAGCUCCCAGCUGCCUGUAUAACCUAGUCCCAGAAUUGGUCUUGCAAAGAAAUAGACAAUUUUGCGGUGGAUUCCAAAUUGGUAUCACAUCUGAACGUUUAGCCAUUGUCAACAUCUGGGCCAGUGGUCGUCUCCAUCAUCUGAAGAUACUAAACCAUCUUCAGAAGCAGCCUCUGGCCUUAGUGUAGGCAGAAUGUGAAUAACUGAGAACGUUCCAUAGCAUCCGUUCACAGCUGAUGAAGUGGUCAAAACUCAUAGAGAAGCGAUGCUAGUUUCCACGCUGAUCUUUUUUUCCUUGGAGUCUUGAGUCUGGGAAGAUGCCUCAGCUGUAGUUGUGGUCUUUCAGAGAAAGCCAUUCCAUCUAUUUCUGGUAAUAGUCAUGGUAUCUCCAUCAUUUCUGAUUCAAGUUUAGAUUAAAUCAUAAAGUUAGGAAGACCUCAGAUGGCAGGAACUUUUAUCUUCCUUCGCCCUACUUUUCAAAGCAAAUUGUUUCUAAUAAAAACCAUGAUACAAUCCGUAAUUUAGGAGAAGACUUCCUUCCUGUCCUCUUGUGUUGUUGUCAUCAUCAUCAUCGGCAUACCUAAGAGGAGCAUAUGGCUCCUCACAAUGUGCUCCAUUCCCCAUAUAGACCAGUAUAACCUCACUCUUAAGAGAAUCGUUGUCCACAUCUGGCCUAAGUUAAAUUUCAGCCUAUACAUCCACAUCCAUUCCAUUCCUGGGAUCUCAUUACAUCUGAUAAAAGGAGAAGGAAGACCUAAUGCCAUUCGUCCCCAUCCUGACAGCAACUUCAAACCUCACAGCGAUUUGGAAAAGCUCAUUAAGGAUCCUGCUGUUAAAUUCUUACAUCUGUGUGGGUUCCUUAAGAAAAGAUUUACUCAGGACCAUGCAUCAUUUUACAUUUUAUAUGCGGUUCUGCAUACCUAAAUAUAAAAUAAUGGUGCCUUUUGUUCAUGGUUAUUUACUCAUGCAUUUCACUGGUCUUGUAGUAAUUCUUCUGUAGAAUCCAUCACUUAUGCAUUCAUACUGGAAUUUAAAAUGAAUAAGAAAUCUUCCUUAGCAUCUCUUAAAUAUUUUAAUUUUGGAAGGUUGAAUAAUGCUUGACUACAGCUCCUCAUGAAUCCAGCCUUGCAGUUUCUGUAUCUUUGGAAAGUCUACAUAAGGUGUGGUAUUUCUCCAUUAAGACCAACUUUUUCCCAUAAAUGCAGUUGGGUUACCACAUCUAUGGGCCCACGCACCACAAGAGUUUACCAGGGUGUGUACAGAGAUCCUGAUUCCAAGCUGAUUCCUAGUCUUUGGGAAAUCUGUACAAAAAAGAGGGGAUUGACUGUGUUAUUAAUACUAACUGGCUUUUUUGUCGGUGUUGUCCUCUAAGAGCUGGAGAAAGACCACGUUAGGAUGUCUUUUUUGCCCUUUCUGUGCUUCCACUUUAGAAUCAAGAUGUUCAACUGAUGUGGGAGGGGGCUGCUCUGACUCUUGGACUUUGUGCACAGUUCAUUCGUAAGAGUCUCCCCCAGUUCUGAAGAAGGCUUCUCCUUGGUCGUGGUGAUUGCUGAUUCAUUUCUUUGGCCAAAGAAACUGUGGUACCAGAUGGAGCAACCUGUGAUUGUAUCUCAGAGAGAGAGAGAGAGAGAAACAAAGAAAUUGGACGUUGUUUUUUGGGGGUGGGGUGGGGAAUUAAGCAAAUACUAGUUAUUACUGAUGCAUUUGUAAAGGAACGGCCCUCAAUGCCCCUAUAAAUACUAACGUAGGUGACAUUGGUUAUUAAAAACAGUCAUUACUAUGUUCUCCGUUUUCCUUUGGUUCAGAGACCGCUUUCUUAGAUGAAGAGCUUUUUGUAACGAUGUCUUUUCAAAAUGAUGUAUAGGUGCAUGCACACAGACAUACACGCCAACAAGCAAUACAUACAGAAAUGUUGCCAGUCUUAAGUCAUGAAAUAAUCCAUGUUCUGCCCUGGGGGCAAAGUAGCAAGUGCCCAGAUGAGUCAUUCCACUCUUUCCUGAGCCUCUUAUUCUCAAUUUGAUUUGAACCCUAAUCCUUAAAUUAUUUCAAAAAGUAUAAUUGCUAUGAACUAGAGCUAUGCAAACGCAAACCCUUGAAAUAGGGAGAAAGCAACAGUUAGUGGAGGUUCUCCAAAAAAAAAAUGUUUUGAGCCCCCUCGUACUACCACCACUUACAGUUACAGAAAUGAAGCUAGAAAUAAGUGGAAUGUGUGAAAAGUUGCUGGAAUUUGAGGAGAAAGUUGUAUUUAAGCCGGAAAACAACUCUUUAACCUUCGAAGAGUAGAAGGUCUUCCUGUUUCUCUACCAGACUUCAUGUUGCUAACCAGCCACAGAGCCACAUCACAUGCCCAUAUUCCUUUGUGUGCCUGAAUGGGAUUUUGAGACUGGGCACAUUCAGGAUGUGGUAGAACACUGGAUGAGACCCCAGGCUCAAGUUGCAUGAACGGUGGUGGGGACAUUUCUUGAGGACCCUGACCACAGAUGAAAAGUAGGAGAAAUGCACGUGUAUUACUCCUCCAAAAUCAGAACUGAGCAUGGAGAAACAGUGGUCACUAGUAACCUUAUGAUUCAGAUUCCUUUUUCAAAUGAAUACGCCAAACAGGAGCUAAUGAACGUUCAUGAGUAGCCUCACCUUCAUUGUUUCUAGGGUUCUUUUAUGAAAGAUUACGUAGAGAUUUUUUUAAAAAAUUGACUCAAAACUAUAAAUUGUUAAUUGCUUUUUCCAUGUAGAUUAACGUUCUAUUCCUGAGAGAUUGUAUUUUGUAGAAGCUAAAGUAUAUUUUACCAGAAAAUUUCUCUCUCUCUCUCUCUCUCUCUCUCUCUCUCUGUGAGUGUGAAUACAUGUGCAUACAAACAUAUGCACAUACCCGUAAUACGUACACUACUGUUUUAUUCCAUUUUUCUUGUACGAGUUUGUGAGUUGGGUCAGGGGUGGGACAAGUGGAUAUGGUAGACAAUUCAGUGUGUUAAGGGCUAUGGUUAUUCUGGGAAGCUAAUUCUGAGUCAAGAAUGCAGAGUUGUGCAAAAACAGUUCCAAUGUAGAUAUCGGAGUUGGGGGUGGGUUAUGUCAGAGGCUGUUGUGCAAAAGGUAGAUUCAGUUUUACUGAAUUUAUUUCUGCACAAGCCCUGCUGAAAUGCACAGGAGUCUCUCAAGAACAACUGUCAUUUCAGUGGCACUUGUGGAAAAGGUUUUGCUGGUGGAUUCAUUUGGUGUGUCAGACCUCGGAACAGUGGUUGAAUGUAAUUAGUGUUGCUAACUGUUCCAGGACAAAGCGAUGUUUUUACAAAUACAUUUUGAAAACAGAGUUAUGUUUAAAAUAUACAUAAAUAAUAGGGGAAAGUUGCAUUGAAGAAAGUAGGCUGUUUUCUUGACAGGUUUGAGCCAUUGUACUAAUGUUAUUAAAAGACAAAAAUUAUGCAAAAUGUUCAGCCUUUCUUCUAUGGAACAAGAGGCUAAGUGAAGGAUUAUAAGCAAAUGAUACAUAGGCAUUCUCAUACUUUGUAAUAAUACACUUAAAAGAAGUAUUUAAAAGGGCUAAUGAAUGAAUAAAACAUGCUACACUUGUGUUUACAGAUAAGUUGUGUUGUGUGUGGUAGAUGUUUCCUAGCACAUCUACAGAAAGUUUUGCAGCAGGUCAUAACUGAACCGUCAUUAGAAGCAAAUGAACUGGGAAGCAAGAAUUUUCUCUGAGGCUGGUGCCCUUCCCCAUUGUUCUUCUUGCAGAAUAAUAAUAACAAUACUAAUAAUGAAGGCCAGGCUAUAUUAUUACUUUUCCAAAACCCAAAGAUUGUGGAUGCUUCCAUGUGGACAACACAUCAUGCUUUCACUUAAAAUGCAUCUGCAACUAUUCAUUCCUAACUUAAUUUUAUAUACGUAUAUAUUCUGAUCAAGGCAAAAAAACAGGAAAGAGUGGGAAAACAUGAGUGGAUUGCAAGAUGACAAAUACAAGUUGAUGUGUCCGGACCUCCCAUUAAAAUUCUGGAAAGGUGGUAGAGCAAUUGUACCCCAAUAGUUCUGGGAACACUGUGUAUAAAUUCUUCUAACUCAAUAUGCAUUCCUCUAACUCAGUGUUUCUCAACCUUGGCAACUUGAAGAUGUGUGGACUUCAACUCCCUGAAUUCCCAAGUUGCCAAGGUUGAGAAACGCUGCUCGAACGCAACACGCAGUCUCAUUCUCAGAUUAAAUCAGGGCCUUGGCACAGGGUCAACAGAGUGUGUGAAUAAUGUGUGUGGUUGAUUUACCCUCCAUUUCCCUUCCAAAUAAUCACACAUUAUCUCCCUCGUACAUUACAAGAGACUCUGUGAGCCCACCUAUCACUUGUAAACAUAGAAGAUAAGAAAAAAAUCAAAUUCUGCAGAGAAAAUAUUGUGCAGGGUUACAUGCACAUCCCAAUGAAAAUUCGGCUCAAUCUCUCCCUCUGAAAAACCUGAUGUUAAAUAUAACAUGAGGGAUAUAGUCCCCAAAAUGUUGAAAAGCGCCACAGGCUGCUUAGGAGCAUUCCUGAGUUUCUUAUUGUAUGCCUAAGAAGAUAGAGACAUUUCCUGAAAGUUUGGGAAAAAUGCAGAGUGAGUUGUUGGACAUGAGGUCAACUUCAUAAGAGUUUUCAUUUUUCCUGAUCGUUGCAGUUAAAAGCAGGUACAUAUCAACAUGCUGUACCUUUAGGGCAAAUUCUGUACACUGCAUCUGUAGAUAUGUAUGUACAAAUACACACAGAUACAAAACUUUCAACAAGGGCCAGAAUAUACAAAUUGAAAUAAAUCUAAAUCCACUCUAAAAAGAAUCAAAAUCAUAUUGUUUGGAAUGUCAGGUCCAAAUUGGGAAUAAUGUCUUCAUAACAAUGGUGGUAGAAGAAUAUACCUUUUUUUUUUAAGUCCGAAAUGUUUUCUGCUUUCUUGCUUUUUGUCAUAUUAUUAUUUCUCCAUCUUGCUGACCAACCAUGGGAUGAGAAUAACGACAACCUGUGACACGUCCUAAAAGAGAAAUCAAAUACCCUCUCAUGCUACAAUUGCGCUAUGUACCAAAUUUAUGAAAAUAAAUCAUUUCAGACAGGAAUCUUGCUUUGGUUAAGAGUUAUAGAUUUCAUGCUUCUCGCUGUCAUCCCCCAAAUCCCAAUCUAAGAAUGGGUUUAUCAUAUUUUGAGUAUCCAUUCAAUUCUGUUGAUCUCAAAGAGUCUAUUGCGAGGGUAUCAAGAAGUAAUUUACCAUAGUGGUGGACUGCAGAUCUCCUCCCUUCUAAGGAAAAAGGCUUGAUCUUGGGGUAAAGAACCAGCGGUGAAAAAUGAUAGCUGUCCUUCAUUCUGAAUGGCUUGUCAGCAAUGACUGUGUUUGAAUCUUUCGCAACGUACAACCAUCUUGAUUUGAAGGUCUGGCAAAAUUCACGGCGUUCUUGCUGAGUAGAACAUGGCCUGGAAUUCAAAUUACUUCAAUCAGUUGUUUGCACACUUGCUUUUCCUGUAUACAUGAUGGUUCUUUUUUUAAAACGAAGGAAACAUAAUAAUGAUAAUAAUAAUAUACUGUUUUUUAACAAGAAUCCCUUAAAGGAAGGUGUUUGUAAGUGUUUUGUUUGUAGACAUAAAAGGCUGUAUUGUGUUGGAAUUUUACAAGCCAAGUUUAAAUUAUAAUAUAGAAAUUAUUUUUAUAUUAUUUUCAAAAUAUGCUAUGAAGCAAUAUUUUGCGCCU